GGAAAGGGUAGCGGGAGCGCGACUGUCUGUCAGCACAACUGAGCACCAUGUCGCAAGAUGAGACUGUGGAAGACCUUGCUCUAAAAUCUCCCCCUGCUGAUGAAACUGCCCCCGUACCUGCAGUCAAUACAGAUGAAGUCCCCUCCUUAUCACAACUGUCACUAGACACACAAGCCUCUGACUCAAGCAGUAUGGCUGCAGAAGAGCACAGUACAGCCAAAUAUGUUAAAGAGAAGCAAGAACAGCUGCUAGAAGACAAACCAGAGGGUCAGGUGGCUGAAUGUGUGGAGUCUGUGAGUUUGGACCCAGAUGUUACUCAAGUAGAGGCUCAGGGACCUGAGGCCGCAGAUGAGUCUAAACCUAAAGGCUGGAGUAGUUGGGGAUCCUGGGGGAAGACACUUCUGACCACUGCCACAUCAACUGUGGGUCAAGGGUUUAGCUCUGUGAAAGAGAAGGCAGGUGUGGCGUUGCGGAUACGUCAGAGCUCAACAUGUGAGGAGGCAGAGGAGGCCCAUGAGCAUUCUGGGACAGAGCAGGCAGAACACGCUCAUGCAGAGGAGACGCACAGAGGAGUACUGUCAACCAUCAGCAGCGCUGUUCACAACACUGGAAAGUCAGUAAUAACUGGAGGUCUUGAUGCUUUGGAGUUCAUUGGAAAGAAGACCAUGAAUGUCUUAGCAGAGAGUGAUCCAGGCUUUAAAAAGACUAAGAUACUAAUGCAAAGAACUGUCUCUCUGUCUCAGAUGUUAAAAGAAGCGAAGGAGAAGGAGAGAGCGAGACUGAGCAGUCAGAUGGUCACAGAACCAACCGCACACUAUGGAAUCUUGUUUGAUGAUUACCAAGGCUUGUCUCAUCUCGAGGCGCUGGAGAUACUCUCCAUUGAGAGUGAAGGGAGGGUGCAGGAAUUCUUAUGCUCUUUGGAAGAGGAGGAUUUAGAAGUUCUGAAGAAGGAUCUGAUUGCGAUUAAAGAGAUCUUCAUCAGUCGUGAGGAGAAGGAACCUGAGGCCGCCUCAGGGGAAAAUGCUGCUGAUGGAGAGGAGUUUGUCAGUGUUCUUACCGAACUACUCUUUGAGCUCCAUGUUGCCGCAACUCCAGACAAGCUGAACAAAGCCCGUAUUAAAGCUCAUGACUGGGUGCAAGAAGUGGAGAAGUCUCAGGAAGCUGUCAAGAGUGUAACGGAUGAAGCUUGCCCUGCUCCAGAAAAGGAGGGACCAACAGAUGAAAAGAAAGAGAAAGUUGAAGUGGGAGACAAUGAGGAAAGUAAUGCAAAGGAUGUAAAAACAGAUGCUGUUGAGAAGGUGUAUCUGUCAUCAGUAGGCAGCCUUGCAGAAGUGACUGCUCGCAGUAUAGAGCAGCUGCAUAAGGUGGCUGAGCUGAUUUUACAUGGACAAGAGCUGGAGAAGCCAGCCUGCCAACAGGCCAGCAUCCUGGUCAGGCUAACCAGUGCCAUGUGUAAGGAGGUCAGAUGCCUGGCCCGAAAGUUCUCAGAUACAUUACUGGCAGUAGGGAGUCAAAGAAAAGCAGAAGAAGUAAAUCCUCUAGUGGACAGUGUGAUGCUUGAGGGUUCUAACAGCACUACCUACAUCCACAAUGCCUUUCAGCUGCUGCUGCCAGUUCUUCAGAUCUCGCACAUCCAGACCAGCAGAACUGCAGUCAAGCCAGACCCACAACCAGCAUCUGCAGAAUAGUGCCCUUUAUUCUGUCCUCGUGUGUGUGUCUGUCUGUGUUUGUCUGUAUUUAGGUACUGUAUGUUGCUUCACUAUGAGAGCUGAUGCCAAAAAAAGUGCAAUUCUAGUCUAUAUAUAGACUCUUACAACGAGAUAAUUAAGAAAAUACAAAGGAAACUCCUAACUUAUUUAGGAAGCUGCUUAUGUAUCAUUUAUCGUGAUACUAUAUUCGUUUAUAUCCGUUACUCUACCAAAAAGGAAGAUUAUUAAUCAAGUGUUGUAAAACCAGAGCAGGUUUGAACUGUUAUUCACAUAAAUUAAUCAAUCACUCAUGUACAUUUACCAGUCUUUAUUUUUAAUGACAUGAACCAUGAACAUAAACUGUAAUAUAAAUGAUAUGAAACUAAA